AGCUGAAAGUGUCGGAGAUCGCAACGAUCACAACAACAAGAGGCAACAAAUUAUCAUUAUGAAGAGGUCCAAGCCUUCAGGUGCAACGGGAAGGAAACGGAAAAAAGAACAGGAGGGAACGAGAGCCAAAUACAGAGACAUGUCUGCUGCCAGCUGUCUGCUGACUGAAGAUCAGUUUCUGUGCUCCAUCUGUCUGGAUGUGUUCACUGAUCCAGUCAGCACACCAUGUGGACACAACUUCUGUAAAGCCUGCAUCUCUCAACACUGGGAUAGAAAUGUCCUGAGUCAGUGUCCCAACUGCAAAGAGGUGUUCAACAUAAAGCCUGAGCUGCGGGUCAACACUUUCAUCUCUGAGACUCACCUGGAGCCUCACCUGACAAGAGCAGGCCUGAAGAAACAUCAGCUGAUCGACCCUGAGGAGAACCUGGAAGGCAGGAUGUGUGUGAAGCACGAUAAACUGCUGGAGCAGACGCUCAGUAAACAGAUGAAGAAGCUGCUCGAGCUGAAGAGGGUCCAGCAGUAUGAGGUGGAGGUGACUCUCGAUCCUGAUACAGCACAACCUGAUCUCCUCCUGUCUGAUGGUAGAAAGUAA